CAUGACCAGGCGGGGGCCUCAGCUGAUCACCGCGGACAAGAUCACGACCAUUAGCUCCGUCUGUGCGCUUAAUCCUGCAUGGAAACGUUUUUUGUCAUAUUUUACUGACAUUAUUGUUAACAGGGGUUCAAAGUAUCCCGACAGGGUGCAGCUCACACCGACAGUGUAAACAGAAGACAGCCGCUGUCGACUUAAAGACGAGAAGAUGUCUGCAAAGGACAGGAUCGACGUAUUCCCCUCCAGGAUGGCUCAGACCAUCAUGAAGGCUCGGCUGAAAGGAGCGCAGACCGGCCGCAGCCUGCUCAAGAAGAAGUCCGACGCCCUCUCCAUGCGCUUCCGUCAGAUCCUUCGUAAAAUCAUUGAAACUAAAACCAAGAUGGGAGAGGUGAUGAGAGAGGCGGCGUUCUCUUUAGCCGAGGCCAAGUUUGCGGCCGGAGACUUCAGCACGACCAUUAUCCAGAACGUCAACAAAGCCCAGGUGAAGGUCCGGGCCAAAAAGGACAACGUGGCAGGUGUGACCCUUCCGGUUUUCGAACACUACCAAGAAGGCGGAGACAGUUAUGAACUCACCGGUCUGGCCAGGGGAGGAGAGCAGCUCUCCAGGCUGAAGAGGAACUACGCCAGAGCGGUGGAGCUGCUGGUGGAGUUGGCAUCCUUACAGACGUCUUUCGUCACGCUGGAUGAAGCCAUUAAGAUCACCAAUCGCCGUGUGAAUGCCAUCGAGCAUGUGAUUAUUCCAAGGAUCGACCGCACUCUCACGUACAUCAUCACGGAGCUGGAUGAGCGAGAAAGGGAGGAGUUCUACAGGCUGAAGAAAAUCCAAGAGAAGAAGAAGCAGCUCAGGGAAAGGACAGAGCUGGAGAUCGCCGCCCGGCUGGCCGCCCUCGGACCCGUCGCCGAGCCCGCCAACAUGCUGAUGGAGGAGACAGACGAGGACCUACUGUUUGAGUGAAGGCCUCUGCAGUUCCACGCUCAUCAUGCUAUUUAUCCUGUGGCUCUCUGGCCACGUUUAUGUCUGCUUCAUGCAAGUGAUGAAAGUAUUUUUGGUGUUCAUGUCUGUGAUUAUUUCUGUGUUGGAAAAAUAUGAGAACCCCUCCACUCCCCCCCCACACGUGUCACUAUACAGGAACCUGAGUGUCGCCCUAAACAAAAAAAUAACCAAAUCCCCCAUCCACCGGAGUCCAGCAACUGAAAAAUAAAUAUCGUGUUUACACGGGGUCGCAAGUGAAAAAGAAGCAUUCAGUGUGACUGGAUCAGCGGCAGAUAUUCUGGUUUUGCUGACCGUGUUUUUUCAGCCGUUGCAUGCUGUAAAAUCUUGAGGUGGUUGAAGAUUUCAUAGAGUGUAAAAAGUCUGUGUUGUGUGAACGCGUUACGCUCCUGACUCUUAUCAUGGGGUUGACCUCACAGGAGGAGGGUGUUUACCAUCCCACGGACUCUCUGUAAUGUAACACUGUAAAUCGUUUGAGAGUCAACAAUGCCAGGCACUUCAUAGAAAUAAAGAUGUUCUAAAGAGUC